CGCGCAGUCCUGCGCAGUCCUUCUCCGUCCUCCGAGCGAGCUACCUCGACUCGGUCGGCCAGGUGCCGACCCGGCUGGUGGGAACUUGGACGGCGAGCCGCGAUGCUUCCGUCACCGCCGCCGCCGCCGCCUCCGCCUCCGCCGCCGUCGCAGCCCGGGCGCCUGCCGGCCCUCAGGAUCGACGUCGCUCAGGAACCCGGCGGGGCAGGCGCGACAGGAAGGGGGCAGCCGCGGUACGAGCCCCCCGCGGCCAUCCAGAACGCCAUGCUGACCAAGGACAAGAAGCCGUUCACCUACACCCCGGGAAUGGGAGGUAAGCUGGACCUGUCGCAGAUUCGGAGCCCGCGCAUGGCUCGGCGGGUGGCGAAGAACGCCGUCGACGAGGGAGUCGAGGGGCCAGUGGCCGUUCCCGUGCCCCCGGCCGUCGAGGCGCCGAGGGCCGUGUCCCGAGUGGAGGUGAAGAUCGCGCCGCCGGUCGCCCGGCCGGCCUCGCCCCAGUCGCCGAGCAGUCCGCUCCAGGUCACUCUGGCCAAGGCGCCGACCCCCUGGCUGCAGAAGAGGAGCAAGGCCGCCGCCGACGACGUCCCGGAAUGGGCGAGACGAGCGAGCGGGGCUGCGGCGCCGGGUCAGCGGUCCCAGCCCCUCGAGCGGAUCAUCCCCGUGCAGAUCGAGGACAGACCGUCGGUCUUCGCGGGCCGUCGUCCCUCGGAGGAGCCGGAGGAGCCGGAGCAGGAACCGGACCCGGGCCGGUACCCGGCGCGAGGCGUCCAACGCGCCGCUCCGGAGUGUCAACCGCCGAGGCCUUCCGGGCAGCGAGCUUCUUCCUAUAGCGAUCGCCUCGUGCCCGACAGGGAGGAUGGCGCUCGUUUUAGAACAGCUUCGGGAGCGGAAAGCGAGGCCCGCCUGCGUUCGCCGGCGGCCCGAGUUAAUCUCGACGUCCCGGAAAGUCGAGCCCUCCUCGCGAAUGCGAGCAAGGUGCCAGUGGCCGGUCUCGCGCACGAGUCCGUGCCGUUGCAGCCGGUACAGUCGCGAGCAUUUAAGGUCUUGCAAAAAAUCACCGAUACGCAAAACGACGUAGAUCCCACGACUCUGAGGAAGUUACAACUCACCGAAGACGACAAAUAUCUUAUGGAGAAAUUUAAGGAACAAGUUGACGGCGAUACGUAUCUUCAUCGAGUGACCGAUCCUCGGUAUCGCGGGUCGGCGAUACCUUCCAGGGCCUUUCAGUGUCUACAAAACAUGACGGAAUCCGCUCACGUCUUGGCACCGUCGAUCGGGUCCAAACCGCCGAGUUCCCAGAAAAAUAAGACUGACAGGAACUCCGCCACAUUUGAGGAAAACCAAGUAAAAAUACCGGCGAAUGAACAACAGGUACAGGAGCCACGAAAGUACAUGGGAAGCUCGAUUCCGUCGAGAUCUUUCAGAAUAUUGCAAGCCAUGACAGCCUCCGAAGGUACAGAUACGGAUCGUUCGAAAUCGGCAUACAAUUGACGAUCGCGCGAAAGAAGAGAACCGCUUACAGAAUUUUAACGACUUGGCGACUAAACUAUGAGUGAGUUUAGUUUUAAUUUCUUAACUUAGAUGUUUGUAUUAACCAAGAUACAAUUAAUUGUACAUGAUAUUUAUUUAACGUACUUCUGAAUACAACGAAUAAUAACUACCGA